UUGGGGGGGUAGUGGUGGCGGGGGAGCCGGGAGGAGGGAGACAGACAGACGCACAGACGCACGCACGUUGGUUACCUCAGUGCUAACAUAGACCCCGUUACGGGCCGGUAAUGUAGGCCAGCCAGCAGUUCUAACUUUCACUCUUACUGAGCGAGCGUGGUGGAGCGGGUGGCCAGUCGUCGCCCAGCAGUGAGUGUGUAUCCCCGCCAUGUGUCUUCUCCUGGCUCACAGUGCAACUCGCAGCCCUUAGAAGUGCAACACAGUGAUCCCGCACUUGGAGUCUUAGUCGCUCAAGUGUUUACUCGAAACAUACCUACAAAGGCCUUAGCGUGUCUCGAUCUCUCGGCCACGCGUGUGCUUCGCGCCUCUCCUCGCGUGGGUGUCUGUUAGGAUGCUGUCAGAGAUGGAGCUCCCCAUUUCAGUUCAGAACUUCAACUUGUCGCCUCAGUUCGGUCAGCUCACAAUCUCUGCCGCGCCCAUGACUGUGGAUAUGGGCGGUGCGGGAGUGGGUAUCGCCAGUAGUGCCUUGUCGCCCACCUACACGCACAUCACGAGCGUGUGCGCCGGGGGCAACCCUACCGUGUCCACCAACACAUCCACAGUUAACGUGAACAGUAACAACAAUUUGCUCACGCCCACUCUAAUGGACUCUGGUCUCUUCCCGGGCGUAGCUACCACCACCUUGGACUACACCUCCCUCACGGACAUGCCCGACACGAAAGAGGGCAUCGAGGAACUAUGCCCUGUGUGUGGGGACAAGGUGUCGGGCUACCACUACGGCCUACUCACUUGUGAAUCCUGCAAGGGCUUCUUCAAGAGGACGGUUCAGAACAAGAAGGUUUAUACGUGUGUCGCCGACCGCUCCUGUCAGAUUGAUAAGACCCAGAGGAAGAGGUGUCCGUACUGCCGCUUCCAGAAAUGCUUAGAAGUGGGAAUGAAACUAGAAGCCGUGCGGGCGGACCGCAUGAGGGGCGGCCGCAACAAGUUCGGGCCCAUGUACAAGCGUGACCGCGCCAGGAAACUGCAGAUGCUGAGACAACGUCAGCUGACCCACCCCGGCAGCCUGCUGUCCGGCGGGCGCCACCCCACCACCUCGGGCGUCGCCAUCACCUACUCCACGCCGGGCUACUCCUCGGCGCCGUCCUCGCACGUCCACAUCAAGGAGGAGAUCCAGAGUCCCUUCCUGUCCUCGUCCACCUCCUCGCCCGACUCCUCGCCCUCGCCCAUGGCUGGCCUCGGCGGCCUCGUGGCGGGGUCCAGCGGCGUCAGCGGCCUGGUGGCGUCCGGGCCCGUCGCGCCCAUCAUCGCCGGCCCCGACCCCAGCCUGUGGGUCACCAACACCCAGUCCAGCGCCGCCGCCUCCGUCACGACCGCCGCGCCGCCCUCGGGAGGCGUUGGCGGCGGAGGGGGCGGGGGAGGGGGCGGGGGGAGAACGGCGGCGGGGGGCGGACCAAGGAUCCCCUUGAUCAUCCGGGAGCUUGUGGAGUCCGUGGACGACCAGGAGUGGCAGACGUCGUUGUUCUCGCUGCUGCAGAACCAGACCUACAACCAGUGCGAGGUGGACCUCUUCGAGCUGAUGUGCAAAGUCCUCGACCAGAACCUCUUCGCGCAGGUCGACUGGGCCCGGAACUCCUGUUUCUUCAAAGAUCUCAAGGUUGAUGACCAGAUGAAGCUCCUACAGCACUCUUGGUCUGACUUGCUGAUUCUUGACCACCUACAUCAGCGCAUCCACAACAGACUGCAGGACGAGACCACGCUGCCGAAUGGUCAGAAGUUCGACCUGCUGUCCCUGGCACUGCUUGGGACCACACAGUUUGCCGACCGUUUCCACAACAUCCUCAGCAAGCUUAUUGACCUCAAAUUUGACGUCCCUGAGUAUAUCUGUCUCAAGUUCGUCAUCCUUCUCAAUCCAGCAGAGGUGCGACUACUGAGUGACCGGCGCUCCGUCAUUACCGCACACGAGCAGGUCAAGCAGGCCCUCCUGGACUACAUCGCUAACGUGUAUCCUGAAGACACGGAGAAGUACCAGAAGAUGAUGGACCUGCUCCCCGAACUCCACUUCAUUGCCGACAACGGUGAAAAAUACCUUUACUUCAAGCACAUAAACGGCGCUGCCCCCACGCAGACCUUGUUAAUGGAGAUGCUCCACACUAAACGGAAAUAGAGGAGGUGGCAACUUUCAACUCUCAACCGUCCAGUGCGCCACGUGUGUAGAGAGGGUGGAAAACAAAGUCUUUGGUCACCAGCGGGUGGGACGGCAUUGGUUAGUGCAGUGACUUCACCAGCAUGACCAGCCAGCCUGCCAGCCUCCAGCCUAUCAGCCUACCGGCCUGCCACUGUUUGCUACAGGAAAGUAGCUUCUGGUGUCUCCGGCCGGCCCGGGAGGCUCACCCUCCUGGCCGGCGCGGAAGCAGCUGUGCAACACUGCCCAUCCCAUACAAACAAGCUGAGGAUUAAUGUUAAAGUUGUCUGUGGUGACAAUGCGGAGGAGGAGGAUCUGUCUGACCAGCAAACCACUCACUGUCAUGGUAGUUCAAAAUUGCUGAGUGUCAACUAGAUGGAGAUACCUCAUCCACCACCACCACCAUCACCACAACCACCACCAUCACCACCACUACCACCACCAUCUACCACCACCACCACCACCACACCACCACCACCACUACCGCGCCGCUCCACUGUCGCAAGCAUCCGUUAGUGUAGUGCUGUGCUAGUCAACCCUCUGAGGGCGGAGACGUUGCUCUCCAGCCUGACCGACGCCAGACUGUCAUCUGUGGUGCUAAGUAGCUCCGGGAUGCCUCGAGGCACAAGAGUAGUGGAGUGGCCUUGAGCAAUGGACCAGACGGGUGGCAAGUGUGUGGCUCGUGCUACGUGGCCCCUCCCUCCCUCCCUCUUUCAUUUGUUACCAGAAGCACCAUGGUGCAAUCAGGACUAAUAUUAGGAAGUUGAGGCUCUCAAGUGCAGACCAGUCAGUGGUGCGCUACUCUCACUAAAUGAUAUUAACCUGAUACAAGUAGGAAGGUUUUCUGUCCCCCUGUGGCGCAUCGUACCUCAUUUCUCACUUCUUAUGGUGGCGGUCUCCUCACUCACUCACUUUGGUACAAAGCUCUCACUUGUGAAUAUGUUUCAACACUUAUAUAUCUAUUUAUUUCUUCAUUAUAAUUACAAAGCACUGGGCUUGUCCAAUCUGUUUGCCCAGAUACAUAAAUAAUAAAAAAAAUUCAUACUACAUUAAUGCAUAACACAUAGAAUGUAGGUGUUGUGAAUUAGUUUUUGAUACCGUUGUUUUGUACAAGAGAUUAUACAGUAGCAGAGUAAUGUAUUCUUGCAUGAGCAAUCAUCUCUACCAGAUAUUGCUGACUUGUCCAGGAUAUGUGUUCGGUGCGAGGCGGGCGGGCCAGCUGCUCCCCUUGUCGGCGUCUGUCACAUAGAUAACGUUAAAGAUUUAGAGUCUUUAAUUACCAAGCAGGAGCAUAAAUUUCUAGUGCCUCAUCUAGGUUAACCCAGCAUGUACAAAACACAUCCUUGUGGCACACCAGCAGGAGGCAAGUGGGAGCUGACCUUUUAAUAAUUGGACUAGCUUAAAAUUUCUGUCCCCGUGCAAUAUUAAUCUUAUUUAAUUGGAGAGAAUGAAAUCAUCCUUCAUUGAACACCUCUUUCACAUUAGUUGGUCUUCUGCCAAUGCCUCGCGGUGUCGCCGAGGCGUCGCAAGAUGCUGCAACAAGAUGUCAAGAAAACAUUUUCUCACCAAGGUCUGUUUCCAAAUUGGUCAUUGUGUCGUUGUGAAGAAAACUACUAAAUAUGUAGCAAUGAGAAGCAAUGCUCUUUAAUCAUUUCUUUCUUUCUGUUUUCUUUAGAUUUAAAUACAGCUGUUUAGUUUAAGUUUAAAAUUAAGAUUUGGAACAUUCCAAUUCUAGGGAUUCAAGGGCAUUCUUCACCUGGGUUAAACGUCCUUCCUGGGGUCUUCUUGGCAUAAUCCCCGACGUCAUCCAUCAUUAAAAUCACCCGACCGUUGCUGCUGCACAUUCCGCAUCGCUAAUUGUAAUAUUUGCAGCUAAAAUGUUGUAGUAUUUCCCUAUUCUGCAUCUCUGUUAUUCUUUUGUCUCUUAUCCUCUUUGUACAGACUUCAUUUUUUUCCUAGCUAAGUAAGUUUCUGUCUAGUGGCUUUUCUCUAUUGCUACUCAUUGCAAGAUUAUUAUUAUUAUUUUUUUUUAGCUAUGACUAUCUAGGUUUAAUUUUUUUCUGUAUUAUACUGAGAAAAGCUGAAUGUGUAGGGUGUGUAUCUUGCAGCAGCAGCAGCAGCUAACUGGACCCUGCAUCUUUUUUUUACUCUUAAGUGAUGUACGUAUUUUCCUGUCUCGCCUACUUAAAGACGUGCACAUGUCUUGUUUAUUACCUAUUGUUACUCUAUUAUUAUCAUUGACAGUUAUCGUCUUUUAAAUCAGAAUAUGGCAUGCUUAGCUAAAAAAACAACCCGUGAAAAUUCUAAGGUGAUUGUAGCCUUUAACAAAAAGAUAAUAUUUUUGUACCAAUUGAUAUCUAUUACAUUUAAAUCUAAUGUAGAAAAGAAAUUAUUAGAUGAAAUUAUCACAGACUGACUUAGAUCUAUCAGGAGCUGGUGUACAGAUGUUGAAUCGUAAGAGAGAUUUAUUUUUGGAAUCCCUAUUUUGAGCACAAGAGGUAUGUAAGGAUGUAUUUAAGUCAGCCUGUGGCCUUGUCCCCCCUGGAGGGUGCGGCGUGGGUGGGCGGGGCGGCGGUGGUCAGCGUGUUGUGAUGGGUGUGGAGCGCUGCCAGUGUGCUGUCCGCUGCCCACGCCCGGCUGCCCUUCCAUUCUACUUUCAACCGUCAGUGUGAUAUUGAUCCACAUUUUAAGCUAAAAGCAUUCAAUGCCCCUCUUUCGUUCUGGCUCGUUUCUAACUAAAUCCAUCACGUCAACUUUUGACGGCAUUGAGUGACGAGAAUUUUUUUAUAAGCAAAACAAAAAAAUGUACAUAUUUUCUUUGUCCUGUAAAGAGAUAAACAAGUGUUCUUUGUAAAAACCGUACCUUAAGGUGAAUAUAUUUACAUCUCCACGUGGUGAUCCUCCGAGCGCUGCCCCACGGCCGGCGCUGCUUGUCAACUUUUCUUCACACACACAGUGCCUAUUGACAGUUUUUUUCCAUUGAGUGGAGAAUCACCACCUGAAGAUUGAGUUUUAUAUGCGACAGCCCAAGCACGGAGUAGCCGGGAUUGUAGGUCAUCUUAUUAGAUUCUAUAAUUAAUGCUAAUAACUGAGAUGGGAUUAAUAAAGUGUUUUAUUUAGA